AUGAAACAACUGAGGCCAGCCGAUUACAUAAUUUCCUUUGGCGAGAGCACAGAGAUGAAACUAAAUGAAGCAGACCCUCAACCUGCAGGACCAAGAGAUCUAAACUUUACUUCAGAUUCAUUAACAAGCCGUAAAGACUUUACUAGGAGCUAUCAGAAGAGUCUGAAUUACAAGUCAAAUAGCAGCACAAGAAGUAUCCCUAAAAUGGAAUUGAAGCAAGGCAGUAAAAAGAAUCACCAUGAAAAGAUCCUCAAGUUGUCAAGAGACAAUAUAUUUGAGAAAAGUUAUAGAGAACUUAUGCAAAACAUCAGAAAUAAAUACAGCAAAGGAAAGAAGGAGAUACAGGAUAGUAGACAAUCAUCAAAUAAUUCAGCCAAAUUCAGUUUAUUAACACAGCAGAGGAGGGUGCUUAGACAGUCUUUUAGGAGAAAUCUUACCCCUCAGCAGGAGAGGUUUGACCAUGAAAGUGUGCCAAAGCUGACAUAUUUCUCUACUUCUCAGGUGAAAUAUUGUCAUCCAGAAAGUCGAAAAGCUGAAGAAGAACAGGAUUGUUCAAGCUAUAUAAAAAUUAAUUCCUCUUUAGAUUCAUUUUUAACCAAGAAGGAAAAAAGCUUUCUGAAAGUCUCAGAUAAUUGAAAAGUCAACCAAAGCGUGGAAAACAUCACCAAUAACCCAUACAAAAACCAUAGUUUCAUGCUUGAAUCUAUACCUCUUUCUAAAAAAGAAAGCCCUUAUUCAAACAUGAUGUCAGAUAAUAUAUUUAACAAAGACUUACAGUUGGAUGAUACUGCUAGGAGUUUAUUCAAGAAAAGGAAGAAGAGCAGAAAGACUCACAGGCUUCUAAAUUUUUCUAGUAACGGAAAGCGAUUACAAGUUCCUAAGUACUUUAGUCAUAGAAACGCUUCUACAAGAAGUAGUCAAGAUUCUGACUCUGAGACUUACUCAAAUGUUGAUAAAAACCUACUUUCAAUCCGACCUUUGUUUUGAGAACAGACUAAAUAGCUUGAAAAUAAAGACUUUCAGGGGUGGAGAUCCUAUCUAUCUGGCUAACCUCGGCCAGGGGAAUAAAUCAAUAGACGAUAUCAUAAUGGCUAAGCCUUCUAAACUACAGAGGAAGAAAGGGGCAAAAUAAAUCAAAAAAUCCCUUAUCAAGCAUGAUUAAUUCACGAGUCAAUCCCUCAUUAAAAAUUAGGAGGAAGUUCUUAUUAAAUUCUAUCCAGAAGUCUGUUCAAGAUAGUAGAAAAUUUAAGCCCAUACAAAUAUCUUCUAAGCCAAAACCAGUUUGAGAACAAGUCGAUCAGAUCCAUUUUAGCGUCAAGGUGACUAAGAGAAAAUAAGUAUUAUUAAGGAAAUGUAAGA